CCAGAAAGAUAACAAGAACUGUUUCUCAACUUGGGCAGGUCUCAUGACUAAACUCAUUUAACAAGCCAUCAUCACCAUAAGGGCUUUGGUUUGUUUUGAGAUGUCUUUUGUUUAUUGAGCUGAAGAUGAACCCAGGGCCUCAUUGUGCCAGGCAGGUAUUCUGCCACUGAGCUUCAGCCCCAGCAUGGAAUGUUAAGUGUUGAAAUUUGUUUUUCAGGUGACCAAAGCCACAUAAUGUCAGUAGUUCGUUCAUCCGUCCAUGCUAAAUGGAUUGUGGGGAAGGUAAUUGGGACAGCAAUGCAAAAAACUGCUAAAGUGAGAGUGACCAGGCUUGUCCUGGAUCCCUACUUACUAAAGUAUUUUAAUAAGCGGAAAACCUACUUUGCUCAUGACGCUCUUCAGCAGUGCACUGUUGGGGACAUUGUACUUCUCAGAGCUUUGCCUGUUGCAAGAACAAAGCAUGUGAAACAUGAACUGGCCGAGAUUGUUUUCAAAGUUGGCCGAGUCAUAGAUCCAGUGUCAGGAAAACCCUGUGCAGGAACUGCUUACCUGGAGAGUCCACUUCUUUCCGAAACCACUCACCUAAGCAAAACCCUGGAAGAACCCAGCGCCUCUUCAACACAGUGAAGGGUUUGGAAGAAGGAGCCAAAGGGAAACAUUAUAUUUACUGUAUGAAAAGUUUUUUUUUCUAACAUGUCCAAGUUCUCUUAAGCAUUUAUGAAGUAGGAAAGCAAAUGAAGUAAAGAGUUUAUUAUAAGUUCUCAUAAGUUUAUGAAUUUUCAGAAUUUUCUUUUCAGUAAACAUAUUUUCAUGCUAUACUAAGUGUGCCUAGAAAUCUGCUGUAUAUUUUCUAAGUUCACUGUGUUAGAAGAUACUUUGUUUAAUUUUUGUCAUUCAGAAAAACUUUUAACUUAGAGCAGAAAAUAUUCUGUUACACAUAAGGCCACACUAUAUAUUUUGUAUGGUAUAUAUCCUACACAAAAUAUUCUCUGUGAUCUUACUCCAAAGAGAAAUAAUCAACAUGUUUCUGAGUAAAACUUUUAUAAGAUUCAGCCAUAUUAAGAAUGUCACCAUGUAGAAAAUAAAAUUUUGCUGGGUUCUG